AGAGCGAAGCAAGGAGAAACUGGGAGAAGGUACUGAAGCUGUUUGCUGAAUAAAUGUUCUUCUCUUAGUUUCAUUUGGCCUCUCCUGUGGAUGAAUGCUGUUGUUCAGAACAGAAAACUUGGAGUAACUGUUGGAUCAAACAGCUUGCUGUGAUGUGAACUUUCCAGCAGAUAUUUACAGAGGGGAGUGAUCAGUAGUCCAAGAACAGAGUGCUGCUUGGCACUAGAGAAGAACAGCCUCUUUCCACUUCUGAUUCUGCUGGAAGUGCAAAUGAGCACGUGUGGCGUCCGUCUCAAUUUGUUUGGGUGCUCGAAGAAAAAUCCAGUCUGAGGAAGCCUCUGGGAAUAGACAGCAGCGAGAGCAGCAACUGACCUGGAUUGUGGAGAGCGUGCAGUGUUGCUUUGAGCUGUGGAUCCCAGAACAGCCCCAGAGCCCCCUUCUCCACCCCACUUGAAGAAAGGUGGGCAAAUGCUCAAGGGAGAAGCAAUUGUCUGCUCUUCAGAUUAGAAGCAGGCAGCAAGACAGCGAGAAGUCAAUGUAGGUUUGGAAGCUCUGGCCAUGGAUCAGAAAGGCUAUCGACGAGGGAGUUUCCAAAGCAGCACUAGUGAUGAAGAUAUGCUAGAAAUAGCCGGAGCAUCUCUGGACUUCUCUAUGGCAGAAGAUGAUCCACCACUUGACAGAGAGAUGGGAGGCUUUACCUCAUAUAAUGGAGGAGGGAUGAACGGCACAAGCAAAAUGAUGGAUUUUCUGGAGGAACCACUUCCUGGUGUGGGGACCUAUGAAGAUUUUAACACUAUAGAUUGGGUGCGAGAGAAGUCCAGGGACCGGGACAGGCACAGAGAGAUUACCAGCAGAAGUAAAGAGUCGACGUGGGCCCUGAUACACAGCGUGAGCGAUGCCUUUUCUGGCUGGUUGUUGAUGCUGUUCAUUGGGUUGUUGGCAGGUUCCUUAGCAGGUCUGAUAGACAUUUCUGCCCACUGGAUGACAGAUCUGAAAGAAGGAGUGUGUUUAGCAGGCUUCUGGUUUAACCACGAGCACUGCUGCUGGAAGUCCAACACAACCUUUACAGACAGAGACAAGUGUCCUGAAUGGAUGAGCUGGUCGCAGCUUAUUAUUGGCCAUGGGGAGGGUGCUUUUGCAUAUAUUCUCAACUACUUCAUGUAUGUUAUCUGGGCUUUGUUAUUCUCUCUUCUUGCUGUGUUACUUGUGAAGGGCUUUGCUCCUUAUGCCUGUGGCUCAGGAAUCCCAGAGAUCAAAACUAUCUUAAGUGGUUUCAUCAUUAGAGGCUACCUGGGCAAGUGGACGCUGAUCAUCAAAACCAUUACCUUAGUGUUGGCGGUGUCCUCUGGCCUGAGCCUGGGAAAAGAGGGCCCCCUGGUGCACGUUGCCUGCUGCUGUGGAAACAUCCUGUGCCAUCUCUUCACCAAAUACAGGAAGAAUGAAGCGAAGCGCAGAGAGGUUUUAUCAGCAGCUGCAGCUGCUGGUGUGUCUGUAGCUUUUGGUGCACCGAUUGGAGGAGUGCUCUUUAGUCUGGAAGAGGUCAGUUACUAUUUUCCUCUCAAGACACUGUGGCGCUCCUUCUUUGCUGCUCUGGUAGCUGCAUUUACUCUGCGUUCCAUCAAUCCUUUUGGGAACAGCCGCCUGGUUCUCUUCUACGUGGAGUUCCACAUGCCAUGGCAUCUUCUGGAGCUUGUGCCAUUCAUCCUUUUGGGAAUUUUUGGUGGGCUCUGGGGAGCUUUCUUCAUUCGCAGCAACAUUGCCUGGUGCAGGCGACGCAAGACAACCAAGCUUGGUAAAUACCCCGUGCUUGAGGUGUUUGUAGUUACUGCCAUCACAGCCAUCCUGGCCUUCCCGAACGAGUACACCAGAAUGAGCACCAGUGAGCUGAUCUCUGAACUCUUCAAUGACUGUGGGAUUUUGGACUCUUCCAAGCUCUGCGAGUAUGUGAAUGAUUUCAACAGCACCAAAGGGGAUGACCUGCCAGACCGAGCUGCUGGCCCAGGAGUUUACACAGCCAUGUGGCAGCUGGCUUUGGCCCUUAUAAUGAAAGUCUUCAUCACAAUCUUCACCUUUGGCAUGAAGGUCCCUUCAGGUCUCUUCAUCCCAAGCAUGGCAGUCGGUGCUAUAGCAGGCAGGUUGCUAGGGGUAGCAAUGGAGCAGUUAGCAUUUUACCACCAUGACUGGAUCAUCUUCAGUGGCUGGUGCAGUCAAGGAGCUGACUGUAUCACUCCCGGCCUGUAUGCAAUGGUUGGGGCUGCAGCAUGUCUAGGUGGGGUGACCCGAAUGACUGUGUCACUAGUGGUCAUUAUGUUUGAGCUCACUGGUGGACUGGAGUACAUAGUUCCUCUGAUGGCAGCAGCCAUGACCAGCAAGUGGGUGGCAGAUGCUAUUGGGCGGGAGGGCAUUUACGAUGCCCAUAUACGCCUCAAUGGCUAUCCUUUCUUGGAAGCCAAGGAAGAGUUCUCACACAAGACACUUGCAAUGGAUGUAAUGAGGCCACGGAGGAAUGAUCCUCCUCUGACUGUCAUCACUCAGGACAGCAUGACAGUAGAAGACAUUGAGACCAUAAUCAAUGAAACCACCUACAGUGGCUAUCCAGUGGUGGUGUCACGGGAGUCCCAAAGGCUUGUUGGAUUUGUCCUCAGGAGAGACCUCAUCAUUUCAAUUGAAAAUGCCCGGAAGAAGCAAGAUGGAAUUGUGAGCACUUCAAUUAUUUAUUUCACUGACCACUCUCCUCCACUGCCUCCAAGCUCCCCCUCUAUGCUGAAACUCAGGAGCAUCCUGGACCUCAGUCCUUUCACGGUGACAGACCAAACACCUAUGGAAAUCGUUGUGGAUAUAUUUCGCAAGCUUGGAUUGCGCCAGUGCCUCGUUACUCACAAUGGGAAACUGCUUGGGAUCAUUACCAAGAAGGAUGUACUAAAGCACAUUGCACAGCUGGCUAACCAGGACCCAGAUUCUAUACUCUUCAAUUAAAGGCAGACUAGUAGGUAUUGUGUGUUAAACACAAAAGAUACUUUAUAGAAGAUUCUGGAUAUUCUUUCCUAUUUUUAUGAGACCUUGGAACUAUUUUCAGCAUUUCCUUCCAUGGAGCUGAAGAUUUUUUUUUUUUCCUACAUGAUAACCAAUUGCACUACGUAGUCUGUGGAAAAAUAAUCUUCUUUUUAGAAGAAACAAAGACUAUUUACAUUGCUUUUGUGAAGUUGCAUUGGAAAGAUUCCAUGAAGGAGUAAAAGCAAAAUGCUACAGAAUUAUAUAUCUUCUUAUUAUUUUAUUUGAACUCUUGUUACUAAUGUGGAUGGGGAAGACAAGGUUUAUACCUUCAGGAACUUUGAAGGAGGACGAUUUUGCACACAGUAUUCAGGUGGAGGCAGAACGAUACAGUUGUAACUCAGGGGCAGUGUAUUCCCAAUUAGUUACUUAGUGAAAACAAGAACCUGGUAAAAUAAAAGAACAAAAACACCCAAACAAACAAAAAGUGCUGAAAAACACCCUUAUAAAAUGAUCAUGUGGCUCUCUAACUAACCCCAUACAAGAGCUUAACUCCUCAGUAAUCUAUAUUGGCUCGCUGAUAUUUCACUGAAAGAGGGAAAAAAAAUAAAUAUCCGGGUGGCCAAUCUUGAAAUUGGGUUUGGUUUCUGAUUGGGAAGAAGUUUAUUUUGAUUAAUCUUCUGUGAAUGUAUUUAAUUAUUCUCCGAUGCUGGCUUGCUAGGAGAAUCCAGAUGAGGAGGCGGCGGGUGAGUUAGUCGUUGUAUUCUUGUCAUCAUCUCUAUUUUGAUAUAUGCCUAAGGAUUUCUUCUUGAUUUCUCUUGAGCAUGUAAUGAAAAUUGCAAAGACUGAAUCCUAAAGCCCUGGCUUUACUGCACUUCCAAGUAAACUUUGAUCAUAUUAGAUGUUGCACAAUCGACCUCUUCCUUAAUCAGCAGUGUCUUAUGUUGCUGAGGAUGUCUUAAUGGAGACUCCUGGGCCUUGGGAUGUUUACAUGGAUGCAUUUUCUGUUCCUUGCUCCUCUCCUCAGCCCCGCACCAAACUCAGGCUUGGAUCCUGGCUCUAGGAUGGAGAACACUGCCACUUUAUGUAUGUUCACCGCUCGGUGUCUCAUUUUACCAACAACUAUGCAAUAAAAACCUUUCCUGACCACUAUCA